AGUCACAAACUCACAAUCCCCCGCGCCAGCCGAUGUCAUUUGGCGCGAGAAACUCAGCCAACAACAACAACAACAACUUAGGGUUUCAUAAAUCUACCUAAACAAAACGAAUCCUGAACAAGUUAUUGAACUCAAUCUCUGAUUCCGAUCACCAAAAUGAGUUCGAAGCGGUCACGAACGCCGGAAAGUGAAUACGAACAAGCUAUACAACUAUAUGCUCCGUUGAUCAAAAGACCUGAACCUUUGUCGGCGGUCAGGGGUAUUAAUCGUCAUUCUCCGGUCGUUGUUUUUGCUCAUGGAGCCGGUGCUCCUUCUACCUCCGAGUGGAUGAUUAGAUGGAAGAACUUGCUGGCGAACGCUUUAAACGCUGUCGAAGUCGUAACUUUUGACUACCCAUACAUCAAUGGUAGAAGAAAGGCCGCACCAAAGCCCGAAAAACUUGUCGGGUUUCACUCGGAUAUCGUAAGAAAUGCUGCUGCCAAGUACCCCGGACAUCCUUUGAUUUUGGCUGGAAAAUCAUUGGGUUCAAGAAUCAGUUGUAUGGUAGCUGCAGAGACUGAUAUCGAUGUAUCGGCUGUGGUUUGCUUGGGAUACCCACUAAAGGCGACAAAUGGAGUCAUUCGAGACGAACCCUUAUUGCAACUUACAGUUCCUAUUAUGUUUGUACAGGGUGGCAAUGAUGGUUACUGUCCACUGCAAUCGUUGGAAACAGUUAGGAAGAAAUUAAAAGCUAUAAACGCUUUGCACGUCAUUGAAAACGGUGAUCAUUCAUUCCAAAUCGCAAAGAAGAAUCUUGAGUUAACUGGAAUGACUCAUGAAGAAGCUGAAGGACGUGCCGUUGAAGCUGUUGCAAUGUUUGUUUCAGAAAUUACAGGUGAAAAGGUGAUUGACGGGCGUGGCGUAAUUGUACAUGAGUGAUAUUUUCUGUAUAUUUCAUAUCAUGUAUUCAUUAUAAUCAUAAUCGUCUAGGGGAGACUAUAAUUCGUGUCAGUUAGUUUUGUUACUUUUCUAUCUGUCUUUGUUACUUUUAUUCCUGUAUGAAAUGCAGUCUUUGUUCUUGAUUUGUAGCUCA